GAUAUUCGCUGCCUGUUCUGUAUUUCCAGUAGCCAGUCCACACUGACCGCUGCCAGGUUAUCGUGUGCCCCGAGAACCGGGAUUCUGCUGCCGUUUUCGGGAUUCUGCUGCCUUUUUUCCUCCAGGAUUUUGAGUGGUUUUUUUCCCUUUUCCAAUGUGGAGAUGUAUUUGCCUAUAGUAGUGACCUUGCUGGGAGUGUGGACUAUUGAAGGACAGACGAGCGACUUCACAAUCAACAGUGUUGAGCUGAAAGCUCUGCCGUCCACUGGACUGAAGAAUGGGGAAGCGCUGGAACUACAAUGUGUUGUGAAAGUCGCCAAGACCACAGACUUCGUGCUGAACAGCACAAUCAGCUUUUAUAUGGACGAUAAAAAGAUAUACACAAACAGCACCACUGAAGACCAAGUGUCCUACAUCAUCCCGAAGGUCAGGGUGUCCCAUACUGGACAAUACAAAUGUGAUGUCUCCGUUGCUGGCAGGAUAAAAACAAGUGAGGAUGUAAAAAUAAGGGUGACCGGGCUAUCUCCUCCUCUCAUUCAUGUUCCCAAGGAUCCGGUCAGUGAAGGAGAUGAUGUGACCGUAAGAUGUGAAGCUCCGGAAGAAUGGUCCUACAAGCUGUUCACAUUCUACAAGAUCAACAAGAACCAGAGGGAGGAAAAACAAAAAUCCACCGACACCAACUACCAGGAAGUCCGCUUUAUGAUCAAAGAAGGAGAGGAGAUUUUACAGUUUCAGUGCGAUGUCCGACUUGUCCUCCUAAGCGAGAACUCCCCACCUAGCAAAAUGGAGACUGUCCCUGUGGUGGCUCCGUUUUCUGUGCCAAGAAUCGAGGUCUUGCCUUCGCUCAACUUCACGGAAGGAAACAACAUGUCGGUGAAAUGUUCCUUUCAGGAAGGCCGUAAACGUUCCCAGGACAUGAAGCUCACCCUGCAGAAGGACGGUCACAUCAUCAACAGCUCCACCACAAACACGCUCUCCUAUUUUCGAGUUGCCACUGUAGACGACAUGGGCAACUACACGUGUAAGGUGGAGAGCAAAAGAACCUCCAAGUCCAACAGCACCAAGAUAGACAUAGCUGAACUCUUCCCAAGACCCGUUCUAACGCUGGAGAGAAACUCUAAGAAUGAGUACAUCAAGCAGAGCGACUACAUAGUCCUGAAAUGUUCCGUCGCCGCUUUAUCCUUCGAAGAGUCGAAGAGUCUGAAGUACAAAUUCCUAGUGAACGGAGGAAAGAGAAGCUUCACGAGGGGUGGAGGCAGGUUAGAGAUGACCGCAGAGGAGAGGUACAGCGGGUCCUACGUGUGCCAGGUGACCAUAUCCAACAUCACGAAAAUAAGUGAACCCCUGGAGAUACAGAUCUAUGCUCCGGUAAUUAACCCCGUACUGACUCACAUUAUGAGGAGCAACAAGUCGGCGGUCCUUGGUGACCCCCUGGAGCUGACUUGUCGCUGCGAGUCCGGGACACCGCCCAUAAUGUAUACCUUGCUCCUGGGGAACGAUGUCCUGGAGACAAAGACGGUAUAUGGACACAUGGGGGCCCGAUUUCUAGUGAAUUCCUCCAGGUCACAUGACCACGGGCAAUUCAGGUGCCGGGCGAUCAACCGCAAUACUGGGAAUAGCACGAUGUACAGCAAUACCGUGAAUGUCACCGUCAUCAUCCCUAUCAGCAGCGUAGAGCUGACCAUCAUCCAGCCCAACGGCGACGUGGAGGAGGGCGCCGAACUCUCCCUGAUUUGCCAGGCAGAGGACGGGACGCUGCCAAUCACCUUCCUCUUCUAUAGAAAGAGAGGAAGCGAGAUCCUUCUGCGGAACGUGACCGAAGCGAAGCAGCUGCACGCCUCCCACCAAGUGCACCCCUUCAGCAAGAAUGAGGACGGCGCCUAUUUCUGCGUGGCAUCUAACCGGGCGCUCAAGGAGGUCAGGAGCGGCUUUACAGACGUCAGAGCGGUCCUCGCCACGUGGAAGAAGGCGGUUAUCGGAACGUUUGUCUUGCUGAUCAUCCUAGCCGCCAUUGCCAUCUGCGCCUACAUGCACACGGACAAGAAGAGGAAGGGAAAAGACAUUUCCUCAGCAAAGAGCAGAUCCUCAAAACCUGUGACCACAACAAAGGAGAAGCCGGCGGUGGAAAUGAAAGCGGGGGAGCCGCACUACGGUAAGGUUGAAAAUGAGUAUGAGCUCCACAUACUGAAGACAGCGGAGGAAAGCCCAGGAAACAACCAGCAAAACCACCAGGUGGACCAGACAGAGGGCGACAGGGCCAGUCCAGACGCCAACCCAGGUGACCCGACAAAUCCUGGACAUCACCAUCCCCAGUGACCCCAAAAAUCAUAUUACCAUCCCCGGU